GACGACAUCGCACGCAGCGCCGCCGUGAGAAUGACCAUCACAGACUCCGCGGCAUCACAGCUCUUUCGUGUGGACACCAAGAAGGAGUCUCAAGAGGCCAUCAAGGAGGAGCAUGCCGGCGAGGUCCUCGCUGGCCAAGGCCAAACAAAGUACUUGCGCCAG